CAUGACAAUAACAACAAGAACAACGCAGCGAACAACAAAUAACAACAAACAACAUGCGUGGUGACCCUCGGGAUAGGAAGAGCACAACAGCAACAACAACAACAACAACAACAUUAACAACAACAACUAGAGGCGAAGAGAGGGUGGCCGUACCAGCAGCAGCAGCAGCAGCAGCAGCAGCAAGACCACCACCACCAUCGCCACCACCGGCGUGAGGUAGCGGUGGUGGACAGAUCGUAACUCCCCACCACCACCACCACCACCACUACACCUCAGCGCCCCUCCCCCAACAGCAGCAGUAGCAGUAUGGGGGAGAGCAGCAGUGAUUUGAUGGAGGCCACGCCCCCGUCCUCGCCGCCGCCCGUGCAUCGCUCCCGCCACCACGAACACGGGUGGCGGGGCGGCGGCAGCAGGCUGGCGGCAUUGCUGAGGGCGCGGCGGCAGAAACUACUUCGUCAGGAGCAGGAGGGGCGGCGCAACCUCUCGGACUCAGAAUCCCUGGGCGGGUCUGUGCGGUGUCGCUGCGGGACACACAAGGGUCUGUCCAGGAACAACUCCACGCAGAGUGCACAGUCCGCCGCCACCGUGCACACGCUGGUCUCCUCCUCCACCGCCUCCUCCAACAGACGAUCUUCUGAGGAUGGCUUAAGACAGAGUUCUAUGUCACAACAAGAUGGGCGGGGUGAUAGGUGGGCGCGGCAACAAGAGGACCAGCACGGGGACGACACGGUGACUGACGGGGUGCACCUGAUGCCUGAGGGGGAGAUGAACGCCUUUCAGAAGACCAUCCCGGGCCUCAAGCGACACGACCCCAAGACCUCCACCAUACGCCAGCACUACUAUCCUGAAGGUGGAUGGGGUUGGCUUAUCUGCGCCUGCGUGUUCGUGGUCCACAUGCUCACCACAGGGAUGCAGUUCUCCUUCGGCGUCCUGUACACGGAUCUACUGCGCCACAUUGAACACCAGCGCUCCAUGGAUGCUUGCUGGGUGGGGUCGAGCAGCCUGGCAGUGUCCCGCGUGACGGCUCCCUUGGUGGUGGCCCUGUGUCGCCGCAAGAGCACCAGACUCACAGCGGUCAUUGGGGGCCUGGUGAUGGCGCUGGCUGUCCUCUUCGCCUCGUUCGCUUUGCAUCUCCACCAGGUGUUCCUCAGCUACGGCCUGGUACUCGGUGUAGGCGUGGGCAUGACGAGGGAGGCCGCUAAUCUGAUGCUGGGGCAGUACUUCAGACGCAGGCGAGAGUUUGUGGAGAUCAUUGCGCAGUCCGGCUGUGGGAUCGGCGUCACACUCUUCUCCGUUUUCUUCAAGGAGGCGAUCAGGUCGGUCGGGUGGCGUCUGGGGCUACAGGCCGUAACAGGUGUGGUCUUCUCCAGUUUCUUCCUGGGCAUCUUCUACAGGUCAGCCUCGCUCUACCACCCCCAGCGACGCGCCAUCCUGCACAUCAAGAACCAAAAGAGAAAGCAAGUGAGGGACAAGUACAAGGUCGACUCCGAGAAGCCACCUUACUUUGACCUGUCUUGUUUGAAGCUAAGGUCAGUUCAGAUCCUCAUCACUGCAGCAGCUGUUGCCUCUGUGGGCCUUUACACACCCUUGUUCUACCUCAUCCUGGACGCGCAGACGGAGGGACUGGAGGACUCUGCGCUGAUCCUCCUGCAAACUUUCCUUGGGUUCGCCUACGCCUUGGGCUGCAUCGGGUUUGGUCUCAUUGUGGUGAAGCAGAGUGCGCAGUGCAUGAUAUCCCGCCAGUACCUGUGCCAAGCCUCUAUGUACGGACUAGGGGUGACUAUGCUGGCGCUAACGGCGGUGCGAGGUUACUACGGCUACGUGCUCUUUAUGUGGCUGUACGGGCUGCUGCUGGGAGGCGCGCACUAUGCCUUCCAGAUGCUGACGCUGGAGAAAGUCCGCACCAGGCACUUCUCCAGGGCGUGGGGCUACAUUCAAGGGUCCACGGCGCUGCCCAUACUGCUGGGGGUUCCCGUUACUGGUUACAUCAACGAGAGUAACCCGAAGAGUGGCUACUUCUUCGCCAGCAUCUUCCUCCUUGGCGGCGCCUCCUGCCUCUUCCUCCUCAACUACUUUCGGGAGCGGCUGUCCAAGCACGACACCACGGUCUCCUUCACCACCGUGGACUCCCACCUUGCCCACGACCCUUACGCGAUGCCCCUGGAGAACGGCGGCGGCGGAGCGGCUGCUGCGGCGACCGCCGGGGCCUCUGGGAGCAACAAGGCGCCUAUGCCUCCGCCGCCACAGCUCCCAAAGGCACCUGUGUGCACCUGCGGCGCCGAUUCCAACGCGCCGCCGCCGCCGCCCGCCCUGCAGCUCCCGGGGCCCGGACAAGACCACGCCAAGGCCUCAGCGGCGCUGAACAAGCUCGGCAAGACCAUCUCCUUUGCCACCUCGGUGGACGUGGUGGAGCCCAAGUUGCGGCCGGAGCUGCUCACCUGCAUCUCCGAGGAGGGGCUGCUGGACCACUACUACGACUACGUGGUGGACUGCGUCAAUUCCUGCCGCCACGACGACUUCUGCAGCGAGCGAGGCAGCGUGGACGGCGAGAGGGACGAAACAGACGAUGAGGGGCUUGAACCCCCACCCGAGGUUCCGCGUGCACCUACCCCACGGCGCCGCUUGGGGCAGGCCAGCGGUGUCAGUUUCAGCGAGCCUGAGGACCUGGCCAGGCUGGGCCAAGGAGGCUGUGGAACGGCAGACGUGGCUCACUCCUCGCCCGCCCAUCACGCCCACCACGCCCACCAUGAAUACACUCCCCCGCCCCUGCCCGCCCCGCGGCCCCCAAUACUGCGCCGCCAACCGCAGCCCGCCACCCGCCCGCGGCGAAACAUCACCGUGAUAGAGGAGAUGACCACCUCUGUGUGACCCCCCCCGCCCCGGCGCUGCUGCUGCUGCUGCGGAUGCUCCCGCCACGGCCCCCCCUCAGCGCUGGCGGGCACCCACGCCCCCUUUGCCACGCCGAGACACGACACAGAGUGACCUGGGGGUCGCUUGGGCACACCGCCCCUGCUGCAGUCCUGCCGCGCCGGUGAUGGGCGGACCUCUAGUGAAUUAUUCGUAAACCCUCGUAAGGGACUUAGCUUCAGAAAUACUCCUAAUAUAUUGAAAAGACAA